UUCUUGCAAUCUGGACCUGGUGUCGCUAUUGGAACAAUACGACUUUGUUGAUGGGGAAGAGGAAUUCAAUCAGCAUUCACAUAUUGUUUUGCUGGAGUUGGUGAUUGACAGUGCAUGAAGCAAGAUAUUCAAGAAGUGAUCAAAACUCCAAAAUGUGAGGAAAAUACAACUUUUUCUUCAGAAUCCUCACUUCUGAACACAAAAAGUGAUAUUUGUCCACAGUCUCCAUCAAUAGUGUCUCAGCACUGUACCUCAAGAACAGCAACAAGCACUCCAUUGUGUCCUCCACAGAAAAUAUUAAAUGGCUCCCUCUCCUGUCGCACUCACAGAACAGCAAGCAGCAUUCCCUCCUGCCUUCCCCUUAUAUCCACGGACACUCGUAAUGUAAGUUGCCAGACAGUAGUGUCAUCCCUUGUCCCCUGUGAUGCCUGUGCUCAGGUCCAGUCCAGUUUGAGGGAGACUGGUGAUGCUCUUGUGGAGCUGUGUCGGAGUGAGGGCCUUCCCUCCUCUCUGCAGCGCCUUCUGGUGGCUGUGGAUGACACCCUGGAGCAGGGCCGUCUGACUGCAGGAGAUGUGUCCCAGUGGUCCAUAGAGCAGCGCAGGGACAUGGGCCGGGUGGGUAAGCAUCUGCUGGAGGUGCGGUCCACAGUGCAGCCUCUCAGAAACAGCCUUCAGGCAGCGGAAAGGGAACGGGAGGAGUUCAGGGCUCAGCUGGGUAGAGCACAAGAGGAACUGAAGCGUGAAAGGGCAACACACCAAGCCGGCAAAAAACAGCUGGAGCAAAAACUGCAGGAGGCCCAGGUAUCCAGGGAGGAGACAGAGAGGAGACUGCAGGAAGAACAUGAGGAGCUAAGGAGAGGCACCGUGUCCCUGGAGGAUAGCAACUCCAAACUGAAGGCAGGGAUUAGUUUGCAAAAAGAAAGGUUACACAAACUUGAGUGUGAGAGAGAUGAGCUACAUCAGGAAGUGAAGACCAUGCAGGUAGAGGAAGAGGCACGGAGUAAAUUAGAGGAGAAGACACAAGUGCUGGAGGCUCAACUGUCCACUACUCAGCUCUUACUUGACAAGGAGAAAUCCAAGUACCAGAAUGCUUGUCGCCAACAGGAGUCACUGCAGGCCAAGCAGAGGUCUCUGCUGGAGCGAGUGGAUGCUCUGGACCAGGAGUGUGAGGAGCUUCAGGAACAGUUGGGGAAGAGUGAGGACCGACAGACAGACCUACAAGAACGACUGACACACAUCUCAGAGGAGAAGGACCAACUUGAAACCCAGCUCACCCAAGAACAGGCCUUGUGUUCUGAGCUUCAGCAGGAGAAGCAGAGACUGGAAAGUCACGUGAGUGAGCUGAAAGACAGUGUGAAUCAGUUGAGAGGAGAGGUGCAGGAGUUAGCCCAGAGGGAGAGGCUGCUGGUGGCGUUCCCGGAGCUCAACCCCCUGCCUCAGGGAUCUCCACAGAGCACAGGGGAUGUGUUGGGGGAUAUGGAGCAACAGUUACAGGCUAACUAUGUUCGGAUUAGGGUUCUGGAGCAGGAGAAUAGCACCCUGCACAGUAGCCUGGUGAAACUGAGGGAUAGAGCCCAACUAGGGGCCUCCAUGGUGGAGUCCAAGAUUACCUGCCCCAGCAGCUGUGGAUUCACCCAGUCUCUGCCUGACACACCCAGCGAGAGCCAGCUAAAACCCACCCCCUAUGUACAACACAGCCCUUUUCAGACCUCCAGUGCAGGAUUGUUGAAACAUGGAGUGAGGAAGAAGGGAGCAGAUGAAGGGGCCGUCCCUAUGGAGAUGAGGCCUCGGGAUCACUUGUCCACCGCUACCUCGUCACUCUCUGCCACCUCCACUACAUCUCUGGUGCACCAGCAGACCCUCCGGCUCUCCCCAGACACCAGUGCAGCCAGAACCUACACAAGGAUUCGCCAGGCAUCCAGAACCCGCUCUGUUUGCAUGCACCAGAGGAAGAAGUGAAUCCAGCACUUGGUGAUCAACCUCAUGGUGACAAUUUUUGGAGCAUAACAAUGCUCAAAGAGGCGGGGGCUGAAAGAGGCUGUUGUUUAAAGUGUAUGUCAGGCAUCUCCAUAAGGAGACUGUGAUAAGACACAGAUGAUUUGGGCAGAGAAACAAUACAGCUAAGCUGUAGAGUUCUUUGUCAACAUUGAUCUGGCUUGAAGUCACUAUUCACCUGAAAAUGAAUUUGCAAUCAUACACAAUA